ACGAUAAUAAUUUCACAGUUAUUGUGCAAAUAACAUAUAUAUAUAAGUCGUCGUCAGUAUAUAGUCGUUAUAAGUCGUCAAAAUGCACGUAAAGCAUUUUUGUGAGACAACUGGUUACAUCGAAUAGGUUGUUGGUAUUUUCUAAAAUAAUGAACGGCGUAAUUUGGGAUAAGAUGCAGAAGAUUUUUGUGCCAAUUUCGAAUGUACCAGCAUAUGCCAUGAUGCAACAAGAACGUUUCAAACAAAAUCGAGCACUCGAAAAUCACAAUUUUCAAUUGCAGAAUUUGACUUUAACAUCUUUCCAGGAACCAAAUUUUUUUGAAUUUUACGACAACGACACGAAAGUUACAGGACUUUGCGGUAAUUUAUGGACUCUUCUCUCCGAAUCAUUAAAUUUUACAUUACAACCAAUAAGAUCAAAUGUAAACAGCGCAGGUGUGGUAGAAAAAAACCAAACUUAUAUAAUAAUUAUUAGACAUACUUUUCGCAAUGAAACUAUUGCUAUACCAAAAAUCGAAACAUACAGUUCGCUACUUACAGCUACUGAUUUUACAAUGCCUCUAUGGAUAAAUAGUUAUCGAACAUAUAUUCGUCUCGAGGAAAUGCACGACAUCACAUGGGUGGAUGUGUUCUCUUGGAAAGUAUGGUGCAUUAUACUGGUUAUGCAUGUAAUGCUAAGCAUCUGUAGUUUUUGGUCACAAAUUAUUCUCACACGAAUCGAGAACAAAUAUAAAAACACAAACUUCGGCGAACAUUUCUUUUAUAAUUUUGGAAUGCUCUGCAAUCAAAGCUACGUUCCUGAGAUUCUAUAUGGAAGAUCAAAGAUAUUAGAAAUAUCACUAGGUCUUUUUUGUUCUGUAUUAUAUAUGGCAUUUGGUGCUGUAUUAUUUAUUUAUAUGACAAAAAAUAUUAUUAUACCGCCAUUUGAUAAUCUUCAAUCUUUGGUAACUCAUACUAGAUAUAAAGUUAUUACGAAAGGUUCUGUUGCAGAUAUUGCAUUUAAGAUAAGCCCUAACAGAGCUUUUGUACGAGUAAGAACGGCGAAACGCGUUGUCUUUGCAUCAACAAUUGAAGAAAUGUUUGAAACAAUAUGUUCCUCAACAGAAAAAAAAUAUACUGUAAUUCAAGGUGAAGACGCAUACAAAGCAACAAACACUAUAUGCAAACUAACUCCAGUUGGAGAAUCCUAUUUGAACAUGUGGAUAGCUGCAGGCAUCGCAAAGAAUUUUAAGUACAAGAGAACCAUCGAUCUCGGAAUACUCAAAUUAAUGGAAGUUGGACUCUGGGAUGUGCUAGAAGAACGUUGGAUGAAAAAAAAAAUUAAAGACGAUUAUACUAAAACGAUGGAAGCAAUUGGAAUAGAUCAAAUUGCUUUACCAAUUGCAGUGAUGUGCUGUGGAACAGUAAUAGCUUUUGUUAUUCUUAUAAUCGAGAAAAUCGUAUAUACUUAUAAAAUUAAGCAAUUGUAA